UCAAGGGUACCAGUGUGAAUCGUUCAUUGUCAUCUUUGCAUUGAGGGUCACUUGAAUUACGUUUAAUAUUUUGAAAGCUGCAUGUUCAAGCAAUAAAUAGCAUGACAGAAACUUCUGAAAUUCAUUCUCUUACUUUUCUUGUUUGGUUUGACAUCCUAUAUUUUAAUAAAUUAUAAUUUACUUUUAGUGUUGAAAAAUGUUAUCAAAUAAAUCCACGAUUUUUUGUGUUCAGUAAAAUACAAUAAGUCCUAAAUUACCUCGUCUUUUCUUAUUUACAGAUACACUAUGUUAGGGAGUCAGGAACUGGUUGGGUUGACCGCUACAGCUGUAGUCGGAUACUACGUUUACUCCAGAAUAAUGAGGAAAAAGAGGAAGGAGAUAAACGAGGUUCUGUUCUUCCCAGAUCACACGAUAGAUACCUUCGAUAAACAACAGAUCGGAGACAAAAUAUUCAAGACGAUUACUGAUCUGAGUCUAGAUGAAGAAUCAAGCUUGGCUCGUCUACUAAGUCAUAUUAGAUCGGCAGAAAGGAGUAUUGAUCUCUGUUUAAUGAUAUUUACCUGCAGAGAGUUUGCAAGGGAGAUAUUAGAGUGCAGGAAACGUGGUUGUAAAGUUCGUUUGAUCCUUGACUACAGUAAUAUUGGAAACUCAGGGUGCCAGUUGAGAAACAUGCGCGAGGGAGGAGUCUUUGUGCGUGGUAAGAAGCAACCCUUCCUGAUGCACCACAAGUUCUGUAUCGUAGACUCCGAUCUCCUGAUCAACGGGUCCUUCAACUGGACCGGGACUGCUGUGAUGGGGAACAACGAGAACGUUGUCAUCUCCAACAACACCAAGGUCGUCUCCUGUUUCGUCAAGGAGUUUGAAAAACUUUGGAGCAAACAUGCUCCGUGAUCAAGUUUAUUAUGUUUUCUGACAUUUUUUUCAUCUGUUAAAAAGACUGACUGAAACUUAAUUGGAAUUAUCAUCCAAUUCAUGUAUGUUUGAAAUUUGAAGAUAUUAAUUUUUCAGA